AUGGCCACGGCGGUUGACCAGAAACUGCUUCGGCAGACCAAGUUUCCUCCCGAAUUCAACCAAAAAGUUGACAUGAAAAAGGUUAACAUCGAGGUGAUGAAAAAAUGGAUUGCAGGCAAGAUCUCCGAAAUACUUGGCUCCGAAGAUGACGUUGUUAUCGAGCUUUGUUUCAACUUGCUGGAGGGUUCGCGUUUCCCUGACAUCAAAGCGCUUCAAAUCUCGCUCACCGGAUUUCUUGACAAGGAUACCCCCAAGUUCUGCAAGGAAUUGUGGAACUUGUGCCUGAGUGCGCAGUCAAAUCCGCAAGGUGUUCCCAAGGAGUUACUUGAAGCCAAAAAGCUGGAGCUGAUACAGGAAAAGAUCGACGCCGAGAAAGCUGCCUUGGAAGCUAAGAAUAAAAAAGACGAGGAACAAGCUCAAGAGCGGGAGAUUGACUCCAUCCGACAGCGUGAACGAGCCGAGCGUGGCCGUGGUCGGCGUGGUGGUGGCCGUGGCGGACGAGGAUACGAUACGCGACCGCCGAGAUACUCGAGGUCUCCUCCGCGUCGCAGAAGAUCUCCAUAUAGGGGCCCCCCACCGCGUCGUGAGACUGAUACCUAUGUCCCUGGAAAUCGAGGCAGAGGGGCGCGGGACGUGAUCGCUCUCGUCGGCGCGAUCGCGUCGUGCUGGCCGGUCCGCGUCAAAGUCAAGAUCCCGAUCGAGAUCCAGGUCCAGGUCCAAAACACCGGCAUAUUCCCGAAGCCCAUCACCAGCACCGCGAAGAGAACGGGAUUCAAGAAGCAAGAGUCGGACGAAGUCACCUACGCACACGAUCUCCAACACAUUCUGAUGUGUCGCGCUCACGGUCGCCUAGAAGACGACGACCAAGAAGCCGGACAGCUUCAAGCCGCAGUCGAAGCCCGAGCCCCAAGCGGCGCCGAUACCGUCGAGAUCGCUCAUAUUCAAUAUCCCGGUCAAGGUCAAGAUCACGGGACACACGGAGGAAUUAUAGAAAGGGUGACAGACGUUACAAGCGAUCUCCCUCAUACUACUCCUCUGAUGAGAAUCGCAACAACAGGCGCGCUGAUAUUCUCAGGGGUCGCAAUGCACACGAUGUUCGUCGUUUGA